AUGGUUUCGUCCUCUGUUGACGUAUUAGAAGAGAUUUGGUUGCGUUUACCGGUGAGAUCUCUACUUGUAUUCAAAUGUGUAUCAAAACAAUGGUGCGCACUCAUAUCUGAUCCCUGCUUUUGUCGACGUUAUUCCGUUCGAAACCGCAAACAGUCGAUUGCUGGACUUUUUGUGCAAGACGCGCCUUAUCGCUCUCAGGUUGGUCAAACUUUUUUAUUUAUUGAUGGAAGCAAAAGAAAUAAUGCCAUUAGUAAUACUUUUGUUCCCUACGAGAAAUCUCUACCUUGCAUUAGAGAUUCUGAGUAUCAGACUAUUCAAUCUUGCAAUGGGCUUCUAUGUUGUAGGACUUCCUUCAACAACUCAACUUCCCGCAUCUCUAAUCCAUCUACAAACAGUUUAUUCUUUUUGAUAGGAAAUUCAUCUACAAACAGUUACACCCCCCGCCCAUCCACUUUCUACAUUUAUAAUCCAUCCACAAACCAUUACAAGAUAUUACUUCCGCCACCAUCUAGAAAGGAAGGUUUCAUGUGGGUUUCUAGUGUAAGUUUAGCUUUUGAUCCUCAGAAAUCACCUUAUUACGAAGCUAUUGCCAUCUGGGGGGAUACACCGGACGGCGCUCAAGCGGAAAUAUACUCUUCUAAAACAGAGUCCUGGAAGGAUUUGGGGAUAAUAGGUGCCCGUCAUUCUCAUUGUUUUAGAGAUUGUGGUGUCUAUUGGAAUGGUGCUUUGCAUUGGUUCAACAUAUUUCGUGGGCUAUAUUUUGAUAUCAGUCGAAAAUUAUUAAAGAGACUUCCAAUACCAGAUAUAUAUGGAGAGAGCAUACAAACUUACAAAGGUACGAAUAUUGAAACCUGGAAUGUUUAUUUUGGAGAGUGCAAUGGGCAUUUGCAUCUUAUUAAAAUUUAUGGACUUGAGAAUAUUCCUACUGAUCUCUAUAUCUUGGAACUGGAAAGAGAUUACUCGGCAUGGACAGUAAAGUACAUCGUUAACAUAGAGCAUUUAACACUACAUAUAAUACUGAGAUGGAACCAAAAAAGUGAAAAUAAGAAAGAACCACAGGAACCGGAAAUUUGUGAUAUUGUUAAGAUGGUGGUCGAGCGAGCUAAGUGGAUGGCCAGAGGCUUAACCCGUAACGUUGAAGAGGUUUUAUAUUUGGAUUGCGAUCAACAGAAAACAAUGCUUCUCAGGCUUCAGGAGUUACAUAAUCCAGCGAAGGAGGAUCUCUAUACUAACGAUGAGGAUGAUUGGAUCAGUGGUUCCCAGACUCCCCAUAGCUCUUCAUCAUCUUCUAAGGAUGUUCCAAACAAUUUUGGUCAUAGUGUAUGA